UUCUGCGCUCGCAGGGGCCUCCAUUUUGUCGGUAAAGCAGGAGGCUGGUCGCGGACGAACUGUGCUCUGUGAGUCGCUCGUGGGCAGUGUUUGAUCCGCGAAUCGUUUCUCCCUGUUAAGGGAGGGAGGUUUGGAGGUCGAGAGGGAGUUGCCGCCACCGCCCGAACUCGAAGUCGCUAGGACUUCUCUCAGACUUGUGUGCUGAGGAGACUCGAUGUUGGCCUCAGCUCCUAGGCUGAAAUCAGCAGAUUGGCUCAUGAAAACUUAUGUAUUGAGACAAAGGAAAGGAUCUAGCAGAAAGCAACAUCUCUUAUCCUGGGCUUGGCAGCAAGGAAGAGGCCAAGUAGUGGAGAUCCUGCAAUCUGAGAAGCAGACUGAAAGGUGACAAAGAAGCUCAAGAUGGGUGGCGGAGAGAGGUAUAACAUUCCAGCCCCUCAAUCUAGAAAUGUUAGCAAGAGCCAACAACAGCACAACAGACAGAAGACCAAGGAUCAGAAUCCCCAGAUGAAGAUCGUUCAUAAGAAAAAAGAAAGAGGACAUGGGUACAGUCCAUCGGCAGCUGCAUGGCAGGCCAUGCAGAAUGGGGGAAAGAACAAGAGUCUUUCUAACGACCCAAAUUGGAAUGGUAGCUUAACAAGUCCAAGCUUGCUUUUUAAGUCUCAGGCUAACCAGAACUAUGCUGGAGCCAAAUUUAGUGAACCACCAUCACCAAGUGUUCUGCCCAAGCCACCAAGCCACUGGGUUCCUGUUUCAUUGAACCCUUCAGAUAAGGAAAUAAUGACAUUUCAACUUAAAACCCUACUUAAAGUACAGGUUUAAAUCUAAGUACUAAUUUUAAAUUUUGUGAUGUUCAUAUGUAGCCAUGAGUUGAUUUGACUUUAGAGAAUUUUUAUAAAACUAAUUCACAACUAUAAGCAGACAUCUGAUUUAUGUCCUAUGUACACUAUAUUAUAAUAGUGUCAUAAUUUAAGUAGCUAUUCCUACUUGGUAGUUUUGCUAACCAAAUUCAAGCUUAGAUUUGGAGAACAGUAACCAGCUUUUUAUUGUCUAGUGGAAAACAAAAAAAGGAGAUCAGACAGUAAGCAUUUAGCUAGUAAGAUAUAAAGGCUGCAAACAAGGCGCAUAGUUCAAUUACAUAUUCUAGAAACACCCAAACCCUAACACCACAGGCAUCUUUUCAAAUAGCUGCCUCUUAUUGGAAUGAGGUGAAGUAGAUGAUAGUGGUCAUUUCUUAUGCACUGGAUAAGCAUCAUAUACCAAAUCUUUUACAUUUCUAUUCAGUAGCUUCCUACAAAGCUUGCUUGAAGCAGGGAGUUGUGUAUGUGAAAAUUAAAUACCUAGGGAACAAAAAGAGCCAUGUAAAUACAUGUAAUAAGCUUGUAACAUAUGUAAAGUUUUCCUUCCCUUUAUUCUGCAAAAAAAAAAAAAACAACUUAUUUUUAAUGUGAAUUUGCUGGUGAAUAUAAGACUAUUAACUGUUUUUAUACUAUGGCCUAAUUUUUAAAGGUCUCCAGUUUUCAAAAGAUUGCCCUUGUGCUUAAGUGCCAGUGUAUCGAUGUAAGUGGUGUGAUUGUAACCCAUACAAAGUGAAUCUGUUGUAUUAAGUUUUUAUAUUGAAAGGCUUUAAGCUGCCAAGACAUUUCCUGUUUUUAAGAAGAGAUGUAAGAUGCAGCCAGAUUCUCUUCCUGAUCUUUUUAAACCCAAAGAUUCAUUGUCUUUAUCAAAUCAUAAAAGUGAUGAUUUAAGUGUGACCCAGGAUUAUUUAUGCAAAGCAAUCUCUAGCAUGUUAGCCCAAACACAAGUUACUUUUCAGUGCUUGAGCAAAAUAACCAAUUUGUAUUUCCUCAAUUAAGUUCAGACCGGAUACUGCCCAAAUCAAAACAGUAUACUAAAGGACAAGUUCAUAAAAUUAUGAUCUAAUUUUGAAGUAUGAAAUUAAAUAAAACUUUUCCUCCCUA